CAAAUUUGACAUAGUCAGGCCUCCUGAUUGUUCAAAUUAUAAUCAGUCAUAUGCUCGCAAUUUUUCUUUGAUCUUGAAAAAGGAUAUAAUGAACAUAGAGUUGGACUUAAUAAGUCCGUUAAUCACGGGAUUGCGUGUACAUUUGGAUUUCUACACCCGCAAAGAUGAUUUUAAAACAUACCAGAGUUUCUAUCAAUACUCUUUCGAUCUGUGUUCGAUGAUGGGUAAUCACAAGAAUAAUAUGUUUAAGCGCUGGUUCAUAUCAUUUUUUUCGUUUGGUAAUUUUAAGUCGUAUUGUCCCAUUCCACCAGAUCAUUACUACUUAUAAAUCAAUGUUUGACGUUCUAAAGACUCUAGAAUGUGAUAAGUAUAACUCUUCAUACAUUCGCAAUUUAUCUGUAAGUCUCACGAAUGCCCAAAUGAAUGUAGACUUUAAUUUAAUCAGACCGUUAGUUCCCGAAGUACGCUCCAAUAUGGAAUUCUAUAACCGCAAGGAAAAUUCAAAGGCAUAUCAGAAAUUCUACAAAUACUCAAUUGACGCUUGCUCCAUAAUGAGAAAUUUAAGGAGUAGUAUAUUUAAGCGUUGGUUUUCAACAUUGUUCGCGCAUGGAAACUUUAGGCCGGAUUGCCCAGUUCCUCCAAAUCAUUACUAUGUAAAAAAUUAUAACAUCAAAGAUCUUCACAUUCCCUCAUUUCUGAUUCCUGGCUUUUACCGUUUCGCAUUUAAUAUAUUUCAACUUAAGAAUGAGGGAAAACAUAACGACUUCCUAAUUUCUUGCUCCAUAGAAAUAAAAAUGAAAUAAAUGGAAACACAUGAUACCAAUUCUUUUCGAAUAUUGUAAUUUAGUAAUCAAAAUUUCGUAGCCUAGUUAUUUAUAUUGAUGACAAAAAC